AUGCGGAAGGAAAGAAUGGAAAAUCUAACGACUACUGGGAAGAUUGCAGAGAAAAGAGAUCGCGGUCAACAACGAAUAACAUUUGUGAAAUCCUUGUGUCACUUGUUGAAUAUCACAACAUUUCAACUAAUAAAAAGUGUUAAGGAUGGGGUUUUGUGGAGGUCGAUGGUCGCCAAUGUCCUGAAAGGAAAAGGCACGAGAAAGAAGAAGAUGUUAUUACAAAAAGAUUUCAAAUGCGCAGUGGAAUGUGCUCUGCUGUGCGCCACGCUGUUUCCAUCGUGUUCAUCUUACAAUUUUUUCUCUAAUGAUAGUGCCUGUCAGUUCUUUACGAAUCUCCCUAAUCAUUUCAGUGUUAAAAGAAGUUUAGUUGACCAAAAAUGUUUUUACUAUUUUCAAGACAGAAAUGAUUUGUUACAGCAAGACAAACUGGCCAACCUUGCCAUCCGCAAGCCCACAUCAGCAAGUUCGUUAAACCCCCCGGCAGCGAUAUUCAACUCGAGCUAUGCAGUGGAUGGUGACAGGUCAGCUCUGAUCAACAUAAACAAUUGUUUCCACACUAUUUUGCAGCCACCAAACUGGCUGGCUGUUGAUUUGUUGGAUGUCUUCAGUGUUCGUUACGUCAUGCUGGUCAAUCGGGGUGACUGCUGUGGUAAAAGAUUAUCAUACUACAAAGUUGGACUCAGCAUGACCUUGAGUUCAUCAGUGAAUAAUUCGAACUACGACCUCUGUGGACAGUACCCUAGAGAAACAGAGACUGCUUUCUGGUACAUUAUUCUCUGCAAGAAUUACUCGUAUGGACACAGAUUCGUCAUAGUACAAUCAGUCGAUACUAAUGCGUUGACUGUUUGUGAGUUGGAAGUUUAUGGUCAGUUGUUCGUGACUUUAGUUUGA